AUGGCGGACUAUUUCAGCGAGUACUCUUCUUUCGUCGGCGCCAAAGGUCUCCCCUCACCAGCCGACACGCCCUACGAAACCCCGGGUUUGAUUCGAUCGAAGCGCUCAUCCCGCGUCGCCAGCUCCUCACGAGAGCAGUCCGUGUCUCCCCCACUCCCUCCUGACACAACAGACUAUCAGGAGAACAAGCGGGAUGGACGGUAUUCGGCAUUGGAUCCUCGACGUUUCACGCCCACCCUGCAUGCUUCGCUCGUCUCUGAGAUAUUGAACCUCAGGCGCGAGCUCGACUCCAAGAAUCAUUUGGUUGAGAAUCUUGAGACGAGCUUGUCGAAUGCCAAAGGCGAAAAUGAGACCCUCAACGACCAGCUCACGGAGAGCGCGAAGGAGGUGCGCAAAGCGCGGCAUCAGGUGGAACAGAUGGAGAAAGGAACGUAUGAUGCUGUGGAAGUUCUAGCGCGGGAGCGCGAUGCCGCAGUAGUCGCUCUCCAGGAUCUACGAAGUCGAUAUGACAAUGCGCAGAAGAAGACUCGCCAGCAAGAUGAGGAUGCGGUUCGUACCCAAAGCAUAUGGGAGAACGAAAAAGAAUCAUGGGACAAUGAGCGUCGUCAACUCGAGCGAAGAGUCCACGUCACAGAGACCCGACUGCGCGCUGUUGUGGACGAGAUGGCGGCGCAACAGGUCCAGACUGCGCAGUCAGAGGAGAGCUUGGAUGACGCGACUUUCAAAGACAGCGGUCUGGGCGACGGCAGUGACACUGCAAGCAUUCGCACAGCAUCUCCUGUCAAGCACAAGCGUAACAUGAGCAGCAUUAGCUUUCGACCCAAGACCAUCCGCAGCUCGGUCUCCUCUCGAGGAACCACGCCGACCCCUGAUCUCUACGCACGACCUGGGAAUACUCUGGCUGACGAACUUGGCAUCGAUGAAGAAGAUGAGUACGACGCGGAUGAGUAUGAAACUGCAGAUGAUGAGCUCGACUAUACGGAGCGCUUGAAGCGAUCUGUGGAAUCUCGGCAGAGCUCAAUGACUGGAGAACUGGAUGCAAAGGCUAAGCGCAUUCUUGGAUUGAGGGCAGAGUCACUGGAAUCUCCUAUCACGAAAGAUGCGCCUACGGAGGCGACUGAAACGAUCGCACCAAGGCCGGUCUAUCAAGAUCGAGCGACAACACCACCACUUUUCGAAAGACCCCAGUCCCCACCAAAAGUCGUGUAUGUGGAUACGGGAUAUCAGCCUUCGCCACCUGUAUCUCCUCCUCGAGUUCAAGUGACUUCUGCGCACGAUGAGGCUGAGGUUGCGGAUCAAGCCUCCACCACCAGCCAUGUGCGCCUGUCAGAGAUUAACAACACCUCCAUGUUGCAAAGUCCUACGCCUGAGGCCAGAACACAAGUCGCGGGUUCGCCCAUCAGUCCGCCCCAAACACCCGUUGUUGAUGGAGUGACAUGGCUAGAGCGCGAACCGUCAACAGCUGUCGCACCAGCUUAUAGCACAGCAUCGACGCAGACCGACUUUGUGGAACUUGAACGCCCGAGAGGUCACACUCCUAAACGUGACAGUCUCUCGCCACCAAUGUUCGUACCCUCCAUCGCGAUUCAUCCACCCAAUUCGAGGCCGUCUUCCCCGCGACCGUACGUUUUACCGCCUGGCACUAAGAACGCAGCUUCACAAGCAAACCUGGGCUGGCCGUGCAAGGAUGCGGGUAUGCAGACUGAGGAGAUCAGGAUUGACAGACGACCUGUGAAACUCCCACCACACCUUCUACCAGGAAGUCUUCUCCCGAGUCCGACUUUCCAGGAACCACCGCGAUCAAAGCGCGUGGGUGCAGGGGGGACGGCAAAGAUCUAUACCAAGAUCCUACCUUCUGCUUCUGGGCCUACUUCGCCUACUCUGCAAUCGCCAACCGAGUCCAGUCCGGACAUGUCGCGAAACAACAGCUCCAAAGACCUUCGAAACUAUCCUUUGAAAGCGAUCCCCUUGCCAAGGCCUGUCCUGUCUCCGCCUCUGCCUCAGGGCGAGACGUUUCAGAGCAACGGCCCGCUCAACAGGUCAUCGCAAUAUGGUGUCAGCCAACCCAAGGUUGACAACAUGCCCCUCGCUGACGUGGACCAGUGGUCAGAGCCCAGUGAGGAUGAAGACGCCGGCAGUGACCUUGACAUUUCUGAUCUUGCAGGUUCUGUGCCUACUCUCAGUCGCCCUCCACCAGGUCGCUUUGGUUUGUCGGAACCACCAAAGGCUGUUCCAGAGGAUAAGGAGAUCUCGCCAGAGCGAAGACCAGACACAGCCGAUUCCUAUGGAGCAGCUCCUGCGCCGUCGGUUGCCAGCAGCCGACCAACAUCGCAAAAGCGCCAUGGACGGCAACCGUCAAAGUCGAAACUCAAGCAGCCGGAAGUGCGGCGAGAUCUUCGGUCGCGAAGCCCCAGCUUCGGCAGCAUGGCUUCCAGCAGUCACAGCGCACCGAGUGGCCUUCCACCAUAUCCUAUCCCAUUGAGAUCGAGUUCGCGAAUUGUCGGAUCCAAGGGCCAAAGCGAUGGUUCACAAAGUCCUACGCCUCAAGAGGUGUUUGGGCCACGUAACAAUCGCAGUGGUCGCUCGAACCACAGCAGGCAGAUCAGUCUCCGAAAGGUGCAGUCAGCCGCUGUCAUCAGGAACAGGACAGGGAGAGGGUCGCCAUCCAAGGGCCAUCGCAGACGAAGAAGAUCACCGGAUCUCACUCCCGUGGAGUCAAUGGCCUUCGAUAGCCCAGCGCCGACGAAAUUCCCCAUUCCCGAGCUACCUACUCCUCUCCAGGACAGCCUAACGUUUGACUACGUCAAGGGUUCAGUUGACAUUAGCAGGUCACCAGGUACUGCGAGCACCGCCCCACGUAACUCAGAAGAGACCAACUUGGUCGAUGCAAUUGCGGGGACGAUGGUCGGCGAGUGGAUGUGGAAAUACAUUCGCAAGCGAAAGUCAUUUGGCAUUGGCGAGGACAGUUCUGAGUUCCCUGUGGCAGAUCAGAAUGGGAUCGUCAACAUGACCACUGGACAUGGUACACGGCAUAAGCGCUGGGUCUGGCUGUCGCCCUACGAGCGCACCAUUAUGUGGGACAACAAGCAACCAACAUCAGGCCCGGCAUUGUUGGGCAAGAAGGGGCGAAAAUUGGCCAUUCAGUCCGUGUUGGAUGUCGAAGACCAAACGCCCUUGCCCAAAUCACCGGAGCUCUCAUCUGCUUGGAACCGAUCGAUCUUGAUCCUUACACCAGAGCGUGCCCUCAAAUUCACCGCAACAACACAGGAGCGACAUGGCCUCUGGAUGACAGCGCUCUCCUUUUUAGCACAAUCAGGCCAGCUGCCAACGCAGAUUCCACAGCAGGUUCCCCGAAAGUCGAACAUCCCUCCAGUGCCACCGGUCCCAUCGAACCCGUCGAUCGAUGGUGUACCGAUCAAGCGCCACCGGUCGCCAUCCUUUGGAAGGUCGACUGUGCGCGACUCAAUCCGUCUCGCCAAGGGCAAGAGGCCAGACCUGCACAAGGUCCAAUCCCAGCCAGAAAGCAACUAUGGGUCCGAGGUCCUACACAGCGAAAUGAGCGCCAACAAUGACAACAGUGCGGACUUCCCAGCCGUACCUCGCCUUUACAUUACCACCACACGCCACCAACGAAAGCGCAGCAACACGAGCCCUCGCCUGCCUCAGCCAUUGAGCAACAACCCGCGCAGCUUCUCAUCUAGCGCCGUUCCAUCUUCCACCUCCUCGGCCCAUCACUACCACGCGAGCUCCACCAACGGAUCCUCUUUCCGCCCCAGCGCAUCCUCCAAAUCUGGCAGCCGUCGAGACUCAAUCACCAGCCCAGACCGGCCAAACUUCUUCGAGGCCGUCGGGACCGUCCGCAUGGAGGCGUUCGUCGACCCGAACGUCAGAGACGGAGUCCUAAGGCCACGACGCGGGAGCAAUCUAAGUCAGUCGACAGUCGACAAGAGGCGAGCAGGAUACGUAUUCGACGAGGACGGGAUGGAUCCGUUCAAAGGUUUCUAA